AUGGCAAACGACAAGGUUGGGUACUACAACUACAACCCUUCUGUGGCAGCAGCGGCGAUCUUUGUCAUUGUCUUUGCCGCCCUCUCGAGCAUCCACGUCUUCCGCCUCGUAACUAAUCGAACUUGGUUCUGUCUUCCGUUUCUGGUGGGAGGUCUCUUCGAGGUUAUUGGAUAUGCGGCACGACUAGUCGGACACUAUAACCCAGACUCCCUACCUCCUUACGUCGUCCAGGCCCUUCUGAUACUCCUUGCUCCGAUCCUGUUCGCAGCCUCGAUCUACAUGAUCCUCGGCCGAAUUAUUCGCACCACUGGUGCCCAGGCUUAUUCGCUUGUUCGUGUCACAUGGAUGACGAAGAUCUUUGUGGGCGGCGAUGUCUUGUGCUUCUUGAUCCAAGCCUUGGGCGGUGCCAUGUUAGCGAACGCUGAUACUCCGAGUCAAGUCUCGAGAGGUCAGCAUAUCAUUUUGGCCGGGUUGAUCCUCCAAAUCCUGAUAUUCGCAUUCUUCCUCACGGUGGCGGGAGUGUUUCAACAACGACUUCGGCGCAAGCCAACUGAAAGCUCGUGCAGCGGAGCCGCGAUCGGGUGGCAAGGGUUGAUGGUCAUGUUGUACACCGUCAGUAUCUUCAUUACGGUCCGCAAUGUGUUCCGUGUCAUCGAGUACGCCGCUGGUGAUGACGGGUACCUUCUCCAGAAUGAAUGGCCAAUCUACGUCUUUGAUGCAUUCCUGAUGUCAAUCGUCCUUCUCAUCUGUAUCAAGUGGUACGAUCGCCGCAUUAGCUCACGGUUCGAAACUAUCAAUCUGGAAAGAGUUAACAAACAUUGUCAAACCUUGGUCAUGGUGUAUAAAGGUCCUAGCAAAGGGUGCUACAAGUGUCGGCAACGCCGAGUCAAGUGUGAUGAGCAACAGCCCCAAUGCGGCAAUUGUAUCAAACGAAAGCAGCAAUGCCCCGGCUAUCGUGACAGGUUCGAUGCUUUCCAUAAGGACGAAACUUUGAUGGUCUCCCACAAGCAUGGCUCGAAACGACCAAGACAGUGGGACGAAGUGAGUGACGUCGGUUGCAAGGCACCCACGGCCAGACCGACAACGCGUCCACCAUUGCCACGGCCCAAGAAAGCGAAGGAUGGCUGUCCUGACCUCUCCAUCCUGAUCCAGCCUUCUCCCAAUACCGAGACGGAAUGUCUUUGUUACUUCUUCAACAACUAUGUCACAUUACCUCGCGAUCCCAGUACCAACAUCUUUAUCGAACAUAUUUUGCCCGUCUACCUUAUGGCCGCACCGGGUUCCGCGCUGGGGGAAGCCGUCACUGCCGUCGCUAUCAACGUGACGCAGACGUGUAUGAUCGGGUACUGCGACUUUCAUCUAUCUCGUGAAGCCUAUGGACGCGCGGUGACUCUGCUCAAGGCCUUGCUGCGAGAUCCCGUUGAAAGCAAAAAGGAUGAGACUCUGGCAACAGUGUUCAUCCUCGAUUUCUGCGACUCUCUCAACCAGCGAGAUGUGCAUUUCACCGACUCGGGUACACAUCAGCAAGGAGCCAUCGCGCUAUUAAAGCACCGAGGGGCGGAUAACUUUAAAAGUCCCAUCGCUCAGCGCCUGUUCAACGCCAUGAGGAGUCGACACAUCAGCUACUCUUUACAGUCGGGCAAAAAGGUCGAUUUGGACCCGGCUCUCCUCGAGGACGACACCGCCAUCCUACCUUCGGCCAAACUCGACCUGAUCAAUGUCGAGCUGGCCGACCUCCACGUCCUCGCGCGUGAAGGACCUGAAGCGCGACAUCAAUCGCCGGCAGCCUUCUACCAGGAGGUAUUGGAGAAAGCACUCGUCCUUGAGAAUAAAUUGCAGACGUGGAGAACAUCUUUGCCCGAAUCAUGGCAGCCCGUGGCUGUUCCCGUAUCAGAGCUGCACCACUCCAUCCUUGAUGCCGGUGUAUACGAGAACAUGUGCGAUGUCUACUCCUCUCUUGCGGUCUCUCACGUGAACAACAGCCAGCGGAUUUCUCAUGUUAGCGCCCUUCGGCUCAUCGAGCUCUGUUCACAGAGCCUGAGGGAUCUGCGAGAGCCCUUCGACCCGAGCAUUGAGCGCAACGUCGGGGUACGGACGCAAGAGAUUGUCGAUCGAUUCUGUGCAUCAAUUCCAUACCACCUGGGGAAUCGAACAACACCUACUUACCCGCACGAGCAUCGAGAAUAUCCGCAUGUCCCACUCUCGCUCCGUAGGCUGGCCAAGUAUGUCGAUGCCUUUGGCGCUGAAGUCGGAAUGACCAUGGAGGACCAUAUCCGCGGGGCGGCCGCCAUUGGCCGCUGGUUGACACCACUCGCGGGUUUUCAGGAACCUCCGGCUUUGCGGUCUUCCAGUGUGAGACCUCGCUCCUUGACGGCCAUGCUACGAAAGGGGCAGCUACAGUGGAUCCGUGUCCAGAUGGCGCGAAUACAGAGGACGUACUACUUCUCACAAAAUCACAGGGCCGGUGAAUUGUGA